GAGGAGCGAGGCCUACCUCUACCUCCAGGGGCAGCACGGGCCGGGCCAGAGGCUGCGAGAGGGCGCGCUGAGGGCGGGCAGUCUGUCGGGCGGCACUAGGGCCCAGCGUGCGGCGCGGGGCCGGGCCGAGCUGGGCUGGGCCUGGCCGGGCUCGGGGCGGGCCGGGGCGGGCAGAGGCUGUGGCGGCUGCCGGCCCGCGGAGCAGGAGCAGGAGCAGGAGCAGGAGCCGGAGAAGCAGGAGGAGAGGGAGGAGGAGGAGGAGGAGGAGGGUGGCUAUGGCGUUCAUGGAGAAGCCGCCGGCUGGCAAGGUGCUGCUGGACGACACAGCGCCGCUGAGCGCAGGGAUCGAGGCAAGCCAGAGCCUACACUCGCACACGGAGUACAUCAUCCGCGUGCAGAGAGGAAUCGCCAUAGAGAACAGCUGGCAGAUCGUGAGACGAUACAGUGACUUCGACUUACUCAACAGCAGCCUGCAGAUUUCCGGGCUGAGCCUGCCUCUUCCUCCCAAAAAACUGAUCGGCAACAUGGAGCGCGAGUUCAUCGCCGAGCGGCAGAAGGGCCUCCAGCGCUAUCUCGACGUCAUCACCACCAACCACCUGCUGGCCAACUGCGAGCUGGUGAAGAAGUUUCUCGACCCCAACAACUAUUCCGCCAACUACACCGAGAUUGCCUUGCAGCAGGUCUCCAUGUUCUUUCGCUCAGAGCCCAAAUGGGAGGUGGUGGAGCCCCUGAAGGACAUAGGCUGGAGGAUCCGUAAGAGAUAUUUCCUCAUGAAGAGCAAGAACCAGCCCAAGGAGCGGCUCGUGCUCAGCUGGGCCGACCUGGGCCCGGACAAGUACCUGGCGGACAAGGACUUCCAGUGGCUCAUCCGGCUCCUGCCCUCCUGCUCGCACCCCCACAUCUACCGAGUCACCUUCUCCACGGCCAGCGAGUCGUCCGCUCUGGUCAUUCGCACGUUCAACGAGAGGGGAACCCUGAGGGACCUCAUCUACAAGGCCAAGCCCAAAGAGCCCUUCCUGCGGAAGUAUGGCAGCCCCAAGAAGGCGCAGGGCCUCGAGCUGGCGCACAUCAAGGCCUUCGGCCGGCAGAUCCUGGAGGCACUCAAGUUCCUCCACGACAAGGGCUUCCCGUACGGACACCUUCACGCCUCCAACGUGAUGCUGGAGGGCGACACGUGCCGCCUGCUGGACCUCGAGAACUCCCUGCUGGGGCUGCCCUCCUUCUACCGCCCCUAUUUCUCCCAGCUGAGGAGGAUCAACACCCUGGAGAGCGUGGACGUGCACUGCUUCGGCCACCUGCUCUACGAGAUGACGUACGGGCGGCCGCCCGACGCCGUGCCGGUGGACACGUUCCCGCCCGCCCCGUCGGAAGCCGUGGUGUCCGUGCUGGAGGCCGUGCUGUCUCCGGAGGCCUGCAAGAACGGCGCGCCCAGCGUCUCCCGCCUCCUGCAGAUGCCGUUAUUCAGUGACGUUUUCUUGGCCAAUUCCGAGAAGCCGCAGUUUAAGAUCCCCGCCAAGCUAAAAGAGGCGCUGAAAGUGGCCAAAGAGUGCAUAGAGAAGAGGCUCGUGGAAGAGCAGAAACUGAUUCACCAGCACCGCCGACUGACCAAAGCCAAGUCCCACCACGGCUCCGAGGAGGAGAGGAGGAGGAGGAAGAUCCUGGCCCGGAAGAAAUCUAAACGCUCCGCGUUAGAAGGCAGCGAAGAGCACUCGGCCAAGUACAGCAACUCCAACAAUUCAGCAGGAUCUGGGGCAAGUUCUCCACUGACAUCGCCAUCAUCUCCAACUCCACCCUCGACAGCAGCUGUGUUGUGGGUAAAUGAAGUUACAGAAGGCGCAUCGACAUUACCGCCACCCCCCGCACCUCCCCUUCCACCCGGGGCUCCACCACCUCCUCCCCUGGAUGUGCCAACACCUCCUCUCUGCCCGCCUCCGUCUAUGAAUGGUACCAGCCGAGGAGCCUUACUCAGCUCCAUUCAGAAUUUCCAGAAAGGUACUUUGAAGCGAGCCGAAACCUGUGACCACAGUGCCCCAAGGAUCUACUGACGCUCGCCCUUCCAGCUGGCUGCCAUCGUGAUGUUUCCCCUGACACACAUCCACAUUAAGUGACUGAGCAGCCAGCGGGGUGGUGCUGCGCAGAUGCCACCCAGGAGUCCUCCCAAGAGGGAAACGAGGCGGCCACACAUUGGCGUGAGAACGGCGGCCAUGCUUUUCUUUGAGCAUCCUUGCAAGGAGUCCGUCAUCGUCCUACCGACUGAAUCAGAAGCAGGGCAGGAGUGACAAUACUCAGGCCGUGGCAGCAAGCAAGAAACGUGCCGUGAAUGUCUAUCCAUCCCAAAGGCCUUCCUACCUUGGCUCUCCGUUUGUGUUGAUUCUGUUUCCUUUCCACCCUUUUCACAAGCACACGGGGCCCAAAGCACGGCCUGUGUGCAGAAGAGAACCUGGGCUUUUCCUUGGCCCUGUCUUCAUGAGUUGUGACAGGAUUUCAGGAUUGUCCAGACAGCCCUUUGAGACCCCAAAUUGCCACCUUCUAAUCAGAAUCUUUUGCAAAAGGGUCAAGAGAAUAGCAAUGGGAUCCAUCCACUAGGAACAUCGAGCAAAUCGAAGGGAGGAUUUCUUACGCUACAAAUUUAACAUCAUUGAAAUGACGAUCUUUGAAAAACUAAACAUAAAUACACCUUACAUAUUCUUAAUGUUAUUGAUUUGAAAAGAUCCUUUAUUUUAUGAUUUGCUUAAACCUUUAAACAAAUUGCACUUUAAAGGAUUAUAGAUAAUCCAUUUUGAAUUCAAGUCUACAUCAGUGUUUGUUACUAUGCAGAGAAGUCAUUGUGUAUAAAGUUCCAUGUAACCUGUGAUAUAUAUUCAGUUGUAUUUUUUAUUAAAAUAAUAAACCAUAUCAAGAGAA